CCUCAAAAAAAAAAAAAAAAAAAAACCGAGCUCAGUCUCUUGUUAAAACAUACACUACUUUCACAAUCACUCUUAAACUAAAAAAUCAUGGCUACAGUCUACCCCAGCACAAGAACUCUGGACUACUCUGAAUUCCUUGACUAUUAUGGCUCAAUCAACGCAUUUGCCUGUGACAAUAUCAGCAUACGUACCUUCAGCAAAGUCUUCCUCCCUACACUCUACAGCAUUGUCUUCAUCGUGGGGUUAAUUGGCAACGGCCUGGUGUUAUGCGUCCUGGUCAAGUACCAUAAAAGGUCCAACAUGUCAGAUGUGUGCCUCUUCAACCUGGCCCUUUCAGACCUCCUUUUCCUUCUCUCAUUGCCUUUCUGGGCUCAUUACGCCGCCAUCACUCAGUGGGUCUUUGGGAGAUUCAUGUGCCAUGCAGUGACAGCACUGUACAUGCUGGGAUUCUAUGGUAGUAUCUUCUUCAUGAUCCUCAUGACCAUAGACCGCUAUGCUGUCAUUGUCCACACCUAUACCUCCAUCUUUUCCAAGUACCGGUCUGUCAGAGCUACCAUAGCCCUGAUUUUGUUUAUGUGGACCCUUAGCCUGGGAGCUUCUCUGCCAAUCAUCAUUUUCUCAGAAGUGAAGAAUAAAUCAGAUGGAUUGACAUGCAGUGUGGAAUAUCCAGAAGGAACUGCAUGGAGGUCAUUAAUUUAUAUUGAGCUAAACAUCCUCAGCCUGAUCAUUCCUCUCUCAGUGAUGGUGUUCUGCUACUCACGUAUCAUCCCCAUCUUAAUGUCCAUGACGUCUCUGAAGAAACACAAAGCUGUCAGGCUCAUGCUGGUCUUGGUCAGUGUUUUCUUCCUCUUCUGGACGCCUUACAACGUCGUCAUCUUUCUGAAGUUCCUGCAUCAACUGGGUUAUAUGAGCACCUGUCAGUGGUAUCAGGACCUGAACAUGGCUAUGCAGUGGGUGGAAACCAUUGCGUUCACUCACUGCUGCCUCAACCCCAUCAUCUAUGCCUUUGUGGGGCAGAGAUUCAGGAAUUUAUUUCUAAAGAUCCUGAAAGAGUCAUUUCCUUGUUGCUUUGCCUGGUACACAACAAUCGAAAGUGGGUUGACAGAGAAGGGGAGCUCUUCGUACUCACGCUCCUCAGUGAUUUCCCGCACAAAGAUUGUUCUGCUAUAAGCGGGCAAAAGUGCAGCACAAGACAAAUCUGAAACUGCAUUAAAAAAAUAUUUAUACUUUGGUUAGGUUUCUCUUCUUCAAGAAAAGGUUUUUGUGUAUUUGUCACUUUUUGGUGGUACUUUGGAGAAUAGUUAUCUAUCUUUUUUUUUCUUUCUUUCUCUCUCUCUCUUUUUUAUUUUACUUUUAUUCUGCUGUCAUAUUUUUUUUUAUUUUGCUUUGUUUUCUUUCUUCAUUUGUUUCUGUUUUUGU